AUGGAUCCUGGCAAAAAGUCUCGAUGGCGUCGUAGUGUGGGAGAGCCUGAGGCCAAAGAAGCGCCCAAAGCAGGCAGAUGGAACCGUUCUGAAGCCCAGAGCAGAUUGCUUGUGGAUUGCCAAACUGCUGAUUGGUAUUGGUUGAGCACUCACUCCACAACGAUUGACACGGCAUUUUGUGUCAUGCUGCCCGCUCCUGGCUCGCAUAGAUCACCGGGCAUUUUUUCCGUGGAACCAGGGCGCCAAAUGAUGAGUGAACAGCCCGUCUGGCUUUGCCAUUGCGGACAUUGCCAACAGCACUGGCUGUACAAUGGCUGGGUUUGUCCAGAAAUUAUGCGACCCGUGGACACCAUCAGGACAGAGCAACCACCAGAGGACCCAUGGCAGAGUAUGGAGGAUCCAUGGGCGGAAUGGGCGGUAGGGCGACAGGACUGGUGGCGAGGGCGGGCGCGAGGCACCACAGAUGUCCAGAACUCUUGGAAUGACCCAUGGCUGGAACAAGACCCGUGGAGUGAGGCCAGUGCUCCCAACGGUACCUGGCGAAGGCCACGAGAGGGUUGGAGAGAUCCGAGAGAUGCGAGAGAUCCAUGGGAGGAGAGCACACCCGCAGUUCCUCAGCGAGAAGGGUGGCUUGAUUGGCGUCCUGCCGACCCUUGGGGUGCCCCUGCCGACCCUUGGGGUGACUAUGCUGACCCUUGGGCUGACACUUGUCCUGAAGAGUGGCUGCUACAACUGGUCAAGCGGAAAUGGGAGGCACCCACCCGAGCACCUGGUCCAUGGACCCGACGUCGACUACACAAUCGACAGCAGGAUCCUUGGCCUCAUGCUUGGGGAGGCGCUCGAGAUGGCAGAUUGGCCCCAGAUGGCAGGUUUCUGGAACCAGAUCGCUCAGUUUCUCCUCGCCCGAACUGGAACGCAGAGCCUGAGCACCUGGAGAUUCCCAGGAUCAUUGAGUGGCCACCGGGCGCUACCUGGUUUGACCCCUUGGCCCCCUUGGAUCGACCACGCGGGCCCGCCUGGUUGGAUCCUGACCGGACAGGACGUGAUCCAUGGGACAUUUUGACCAUGGAACAACAUUGGAAUCUACCCAUCGCGCAACUGGCACGGCGGCAUUUGCGAUUCCGAGGUGGAUGGCCCGAUAUCGACAGUGGGAGCGACUCCGAAGAUCCUGAUCUCAUGCGUGCCCUGGAGGAAUCGUUACGAACCGCUGAAGUAGAAGAAAAUCGCCGGGUGACUGUUGAUCACGAGAGGCAAAUGGGCAUCACAGGUCGUUGCGUGGUCUGUUUGGAGGAGAAGAAGGGCGGUGCCAGCUGCGUUUCCAGCGAGACUGGAGCGCCAGGCUCUUCCAAUGAGUCACCACCAGGUGCUGCAGAAAAGGUGGUGCAUUUCCUGUGCCAGGAUUGCAUUCCCAUGUACGUGGAAAAUGAGUUGGACCACGACGAUGGCAGUGAUCGGCGUCUCAUGGAACGCCGUGCGUUUGGACAUUGUCUGAGAUGUCCCUGUAGCCCUAUGCCCAUGGAUUGCAAAGGUUUUAUGGAGGAGAGGCAUGUGAGGCCUUUCCUGUCUCCAACCCUUUGGUCCAAACUUCAGGCAGCCUCCGAGGCAGAUGAGAAGCAUCGGCAAUGGCAGAAAGAAUCCAGGGAUAACGAAGACCCCGAAUUCUUGCGAGAAGCCUUGCUCCGAUCAAUGCCCAACGCAGUACAGUGUGGCAGUUGUCAUUAUGGCCCCAUCGACCACGCAGGAUGUGAUGAUCUUGAUGCUCACCAUUGGCAAUGGCAAGGCAAUUCGCAGAUCCAGAAUCAAUGUCCUAAGUGCGGAUGGUGGGCCCAUAGCAUUGACUCUUGGCCCUCAUGGGACGGCGUGAUUCGGCACGACUGA